GGUACCGAUUUGUAAUUCAGUGGAUAAGAUGGACGAAAAUGGCAUGUGAGGUGUUGUUAAAUUUUAGUGAAAUGUUUGGUUACAUCAGCCACCUAGGAUGGGAGGCUGCAUAGGUAUAACAAGGGCAAGAAAUGCCUCUGUUGAUAAUACUACAGGAAAUUCUACGAGAGUAAAUUCAGGAAAUUCAAGAAAAAAUCAUCCAUUAUGUCAUGAGGCAAUUAGGUGGAAAUCAGAUGUACCUUUGACAGAAGGACAACUAAGAAGUAAAAGAGAUGAAUUUUGGGAUACUGCACCUGCAUUUGAUGGACGUAAAGAAAUAUGGGAUGCAUUAAGAGCAGGAGCAACAGCAGCAGAAGCUCAAGAUUAUCAAUUAGCACAGGCUAUAUUAGAUGGAGCUAAUAUUUCUGUUCCAAAUGGUUUUUUAACAGAAUGUUAUGAUGAAUUGGGUACCAGAUAUCAAGUUCCCAUUUAUUGCUUAUCAUAUCCAAUUAAUAUUGUGAAAGAAGAUAGUGGAAGAGAUUCUCCUGCUGAUUGUUCAGAACCAAUUGAUAGUGGAGUUGAACAGACAUUGAAGCUAAGAUUAUCAACUACAUUAGGUGAAGUUAAAUUGCCAGUUUACAGUAAAGAUACUAUUGCUACUGCUAAAAAAAAAUUGCAGAGUCAAGAAGGUUUAGAACCAUCUCGUCAAAGGUGGUUUUUUGGUGGAAAGUUAUUAGGUGAUAAAAUGCAUAUAGAAGAAGCAAAAAUACAACCAGGCUAUGUAAUACAAGUAAUUGUAAAUCCAGAAAAAUUAGAUGACAGUCCUGUGAAAACAAGUUGAACUAAUAUUGCACAAGAUACAAGUUAUAUUGAACCAUCUUUCUCUGAUAAACAUAUUCUUACCUGCAUUCAAAGUAAGAAUACAUUUUUUUUUAAUUUUAUAUUGUGUCAUUAUUAAGAUCAGAGCAGCAAUCUUGAAGUGAUUUUUUAUAAUAAAAUGCACUUACAACGUAACUUUCGUAAAAUAUAUAUAUAUAAAUAUAAAUAUAUAUAAUAUAUAUAUAAUAUAAGACAUAAUAUAUUUAUAUAUAUUAUAUAUAUUUAUAUACAAUUGUUAUAAGGAUUAAAUAAUAUUGCGUUUAAAUUGUGGGUUGUGAUUAUUUAAUUUUUAUUAAUUUAUAAACUAGUUCAAAAAAAAUGCUAACUACAUACAAAAAUAAACUCUUAAAGAAUUUUGAUUAACAUUGGUUUAAGUUAAAUACUUACAAAAAAGAUUAUGAAUAAUUGGUAUUGAGAUAACAUUUACCUCAUAGCAGGAAUGUUGUUAUACUUAUUUGUUAUUACCAACAAAGGUGCUGGUGCUGUAACACUUGGGAAACUAAGUAUUACACGUAGAAAAUUAUUCUAUGCUGCUUAUUAAACAAUGUUGCAUAAUUAUAUAAUAUAAAAA